AUGGCUUAUCACCACACUAGACGCUACUCUUCGUUUUACGAAUACGCGGAAAACAAUUACCCGGACCAAGAAUUUGACGAAUCCUACGAUUACGCACGAUAUUCUACGCGAGACGACAGACCACAACGCAGAGGACCUGAACAAAAGGUGGCGGAGAAGGGAAAAGAAGAAGAAUCGGAGAGCAUGAGUUCGUGGCUUCAGCGACAAGCUGGCUCACACAAUGUCCAGCUCGCCGCCGCGGCCGUCUUGUCGGGAGCUGCUGUUGCCGCAGGCAUAUUCAGCUUCCAGUCUGUCAAACGACGUGAAGCAGUUAAGAAUUUAAAGGCAUCUAUCCCUGGACUCGAUGACCGCCAUCACGCAGAAGCCCUCAACGAGUAUGGGGUCGCCGACACCUUACAAAAGUUAAGCCCGGAAGAUGAACGCAGUGCAGCUCUGGCCCGACGAGCGCAAGAAGGCGACUACGACGAUGAUCUCAUUUUGGAACAGCUUGCGCGGAAUCGUGUCUUUUUGACCCACGACGGCCUUCAAAAGCUUCGAUCGUCCUUCAUCAUCAUAGUUGGCUGCGGUGGAGUUGGAUCGCAUGCAACAUCGGCCCUGACCCGCUCGGGAGUGUCGAAGAUUCGGUUGAUAGACUUUGAUCAAGUGACCCUGUCAUCGCUGAACAGGCAUGCAGUCGCUACACUCGCCGAUGUGGGCACGCCCAAAGUCCAGUGCAUCCGACGACGAUUGGAGCAAGUUGUUCCAUGGGUGCAAUUUGACUGCAGAAAUGAACUCUUUGGCGCCAACGUUGCCGAUAAACUCCUCGCUCCUUGGUCGCUCAAUGGCCCCAAUGGACAGAAACCCGAUUACGUUAUUGACUGUAUCGACAACAUUGAGUCCAAGGUAGAGCUGCUGCACUAUUGCCAUAAAAAUUCGAUUCCUGUUAUUUCAUCCAUGGGCGCCGGGUGCAAGUCCGACCCAACACGCAUCGGGGUUGCCGACAUAUCUGCCAGUUCAGAGGACCCUCUGUCCCGCAGUACUCGCCAGCGCCUGCGGUUGCUCGGCGUGAGCACUGGUAUUCCUGUUGUAUUCUCCACUGAGAAACCGGGACCUGGAAAGGCAUCUUUAUUGCCACUUCCUGAAGAGGAAUUUGCCAAAGGGAAGGUUGGGGAGCUUGGUGUUCUGCCUGACUUCCGGGUACGAAUCCUUCCAGUUCUGGGUACGAUGCCGGCUGUUUUUGGAUACACAAUCGCAAACCAUGUGAUUUGCGACGUGACCGGGUACCCUAUCGACUACAGUCUUGCUGGCAAGGGACGAGACAAGCUUAAUGACUCUGUCUAUGCCGGUCUGCAAGCUGUAAUCAACAAGCUGGUGAGAGUUGAAGGGGGCACGCAUCUUGAGGGAAUGCGUAUUCCGCUCAGCAAAGACGAAAUUGGAUAUCUGCUAGAUGAGGUGUGGCGGGGACGUAGCGUGGUUAGCGGAAUCACGAACAAGCUCGCCCUCAUUCCCUGGGAACGACCUGCUCAGGGGUUCGUCAUUGACCCCCAAUGGGCUCAAGAAGGACAGCGGCUGGUUGCCCUGGACGUGAAGAAGCUAGUAUGUAUGACCAAGGAGGAGGCGGCCCGGCAUGAAAGGGAUGUCCUUCGAGGCGGAAAAAAGGUGGAAGACCUCUACGACGAGAAGAUACUGCAGCUGGUAGAGGCUCGGUUUAAAGAAGCUGAGGUGUAUGAGCAAUAUAGAUAA